CAUGAACAAUAUUUUAAAGCCUGAUAUUGCUGCCAUCUCCUGGAAAACUGCCUACAGUGUAACACUGAAUAGUUUGUGAAGUCAAACAGAAACACUGCAACAGCACAAAAAAAACUGCAUUUACCGGAAUAACUCCUACUACUACUGCUGAUAAGAAUUAUAAUGAAUAAGAAUGUGAUUAUAUCAGAUUUGAUUUUUUAAAUUUAAAAAAACUUCCAUUUGUAAUUAAUAAAGUACUUUUCAUGUAAAAAAUUUGUAUUUCUUAUUUAAUGCUAAGGACUUUUACUUUGACAUAAAACGUGUCGUGUAACGGUUUUCCCGGAUGUGGGUGCGUCGGUCAGCUAUUUAAUACACAAAUUGUCUCUACAUACCGAAAUUAUUGGAUUGAGUGCCGCUGCUGUAUUAUAAAAUCUUUAUUUUUUUUGAUAUUCGUGAAGUCGUUUAAGCAGCUUCGAUUAAUUAGAUGAAUAAAACGCUUUGGAUAUUGAUCGAGAUGCGCGCGGUUGCUGUAAGAUGUGAUUUGUUUGCACAAUGAUUAGUUAACGGUAACGGUACAGUCGGUCGUGCUCAACGCAAACAACAAGCGCUUAACGUUUGGUCAGUUUCAAGCCUCGUAUUUCUUUGGUGCUCUGUUGCAAGUUAAUUACUACAUCUAGAGGAGAUUGGUUUACCCUCGGGAUGAGAGAUUUAGGUUACUGAGACGCAGGCUACAGAUACAGUAAAUGAGUAAAGAUAGAGCUAGCCGUCACUCAGAGCUGUUGUGUUGGUGCUGUGGAUGAGGCUCAAAGAUGUGCCUGGUUAGUGGUAGUUUUCGUGUUAAGAAAAAGCAGUGCAGGUAAUGUUGGCUCAUUCAGAUGUGGCGGAGCAGCCCAGAAUCCUGACAUCAGUAACUGAGCAGGAGUGACAGAAGGAGGCUCCCUCUCAUGGAUGUCUGCAGUAAGAACUCCAAUCGCACAGCCCCAGUGAAUGAGGGGGUACCCAGGAGAGCCGAUGUGCCCCUGUGCUCUCGGACCAAUGGUUGGAGCUGGCCCCCGCACCCUUUCCAGCUCCUGGCCUGGCUGCUUUAUCUCUACUUCGCUGUCACUGGCUUCGGUGUAUUUGUGCCUCUGAUCCCUACACACUGGAUCCCAGCCGGAUAUAUUUGUACAGGCAUUACAUUUAUCUGUCACAUCUUCAUGCACCUGAUGGCCGUCUCCAUCGACCCUGCGGAUUAUAAUGUCAGAGCUAAGAGUUAUAAGGGACCCAUGCCGGUGUUUGACCGUACCAAACAUGCACACGUCAUCGAGAACUGUCACUGCUACCUCUGUGAAGUAGAUGUGGGGCCUAAAUCAAAACACUGUAGUGCAUGUAAUAAGUGUGUGGCAAGCUUUGACCACCACUGUCGAUGGCUGAACAAUUGUGUGGGCAGCAGAAACUACUGGCUGUUUCUCAAUAGUGUGAUUUCUGCUCUCCUGGGGAUUGUUUUGGUUGUAGUUAUUGCUAGUUAUGUUUUUAUAGAGUUCUUUUUGGACCCAUCAAAACUUCGAUCUGACAAGCACUUUCAACAGGUAAGGAAUGAAUCUGUGGUGUGGUUUGUGUUUCUGCCGGUGGCUCCAGUCACCACAGCUGGUCCAGCCAUUCCCGCUCUUGCAGGAGUCACCAUUGCUCUGGGCCUACUGUCUGCACUUUUGCUGGGACACUUACUCUGCUUCCACAUAUACCUCAUGUGGAACAGGCUUAGCACAUAUGAGUAUAUUGUGCGACAGCGGCAUCGGCAAGAGGCCAAAGAUUCCAGAAAGCCCCCUCCAGAGAAUGAAUCUGGGGUUCCCAAGAUCAAUCUAUUCAAGCAGCAAGUCAGUUAUAGCGGGACAUUUGGCUAUACCAAUCCUGAGGUGGAGGUAGAGGAUCCAACAGCCAUGAGCUCCCAAGAAGGAUCAGCGCGUUACGGCAACGGCCGGGUCAGAGGCUCGUCUGAGCACAUGGGUGAAGAAGAGCUCCUCCCUGCUGUCAUAACAGAGAACAAAGCAUCUCCUCACCCUCACAAACACACACAGAAAAAAAAGAGGAAAGUGCGCAAACUUGCAGCUGAGGUAAACAGUGACAGGUCCAUUGACACCAGCACCACCAAAGGCAUGCCAAAGACUUCUACUGAGCAGGAGUCCUCUGUAGCUGCCGCCACUGUGUCCUCCUCACUUGGUCAGCGCUUACCCUUUCCAGCAUUCCCCCUGCGGGCCUCCCUUCCCCCUCUUGCACCCAUACAAGCCGCUGGUCCCCCUGCUGAGUAUCAUUCUGACUCCGCAGAAUCUCUGGAGGAGAUCCCUGUAGCAAUGGCACGGCUUGGCAGCGCAGCCCUGGCCAGUGCUACUACUGCUGCUGUGUCUGCCGCCACCUAUUCCUCUUCUCUCCAGUGUGCUUUGCCUUCCUCAGCAGCUGGACAAGCUUUACCCUCCCCUCAGCCCAGGACCAAGAGGAAAGCAGCCGUUCGGAAAGCUGCAGAGCAGAGGUUUGAGAUGGUGUCCCA